CGGACAGAGACUGAAAAUGGCUAAUAAGUGUCUCAUAUUUCUGCUGGUGCUGAAAAUGAUCUGCUCACUUCUAAAAGGUACCAGUGGAGUGAAAGACACUCAUGUGAUCUUCAGUUCUGGUGAAAAUGUCACUCUGCCCUGUAAUAAUGCCGGUUCUGACUGCAGCACAACUACAUGGAACUAUAAUAAUAAUAGAAAUUCAGAGACAAUUGAACUGUUUAAGAAAGGGAAGAAGAAUAACAUAGAGAGAUACGAGAGACUGAGUCUGGGGUCUGACUGCUCUCUGAACAUCAAUAAAGCCUCAAAAGAAGAUUAUGGAUCUUACACCUGUCAGCAAUUUAUUAAUGAUCAUCAACAAGGAAAUGAUGCACGUGUUUAUCUGCAUUUUCUUCAUGUCUCUCCAUCAUCCACACAGACUGAGAUAAGACCAGACAGUUCUGUGUCUCUCUCCUGUCAGUUGAUUUUACAUGAUGGAGUUUUGUGUGAUAAUUUGGUCCGUUUUGAGGGAAUUCAGCUGUUGUGGGUGAAUCAGGCUGGUGUUGAUCUGCAGAGAGACUCCAGAUAUCAGAUAUCAUCAGGACACUGUAUCAGCACUCUGACUACAAAACUCCUGAAUGAAGACAACAACAGAAAGUGGACGUGUCAAGUUAAAAAGGGAACUAAAGUGGAGGCUUCAUUCAGCUAUUCUGUCAAGUAUUCGGCUCCAGCUGAUACAACACCUGUGCGUUCAGUCACCAACAGUGAGUCAUUGUCAAACACACAGUAACUCCUACACAAGAUACUGAACUGAUGUCACUUUAGUGGUUUGCCGUGUUCUUCUACAUACAGAAAAUACAUGUCCAUGUUUUCAAAUAUAUAUUUCAAAUAUAAGUGAUUUCUCUAUGAAGGAAUUAAGAAUGAAAAUCUACUCAGAUUGUUGUGUGCAAAGUAACUCUUUCUUAAUGAAAAUCAAAGAUGUCAGUGAUCUGGAUUGUUUUGUUCCUGCUCUUACAAUGAUACAGCGUGCGUGACAAUAUAUCUGAUACAGUCUGUUUUCUGAUGAAGAUCUUCAAUACAGUCAUGUGACUGUUCUGUUACACUAUAGUUGCACUGAUACAGAGUCAACAACAGCUGAUGAAUUAAAGAAGACAAUGAUAAGAAAAAGAAUUGGAAGAGAAAUACAAAUAUGCAUUCCUUGAUGUUGUUUUCUUGUUUAUAAAUAGAUGUUUUGUAUUCAGUUCGAUUUUUUGUUUUUCUACACAUGGUGCACAUGAACUAAAAUACAUCCUCCAAAGUUGCAACUUUUACAACUACGUAUAACAAACUAUCUUCAGUCUUCACCCCAAUCUCUGAAAGGACCUCAACUUCCAAAGCACCAGUACCUCCAUCACAACAAGUGAUUGUGAUUGUUGGUGUGAUUGCUGCAUUAGCUGUUCUCCUUCCUGCUGUUCUUCUAUGUGUGAUCCUUAAAAAGAGAGCUGGUAAUAGACGAGAGAUUCACUCCAAUUCUACCCCAGGUGCAAAUACAGAUGAUGUGACUUAUUCACUGGUUACAGUUUCUGGAAAAAAGCAGGUGUCAAAGAUCAAUGUUCAUUCUGAUGAUAACGUGACUUACGCUUCCAUCAGAGGAGCAACAGCUGGACCCCACUGAGGACUGCAGUGAACUUUAUACCACAGUGAACAAGAUUGUUUGCAAAUAAAUCAAACAAACAAACAAACAGUUAGUAAUUACACAAAGCAACACCACA